AUGUCUACCCAGCAACCCCACUCCCAUUCCCACUCCCACUCCCACGGCGGCGACGACGGAGACCACUCGCACUCGCACUCACACGAUCUCCCGCCCGCCGUGCAGUCGAGUCUGUACUCGCAGAUCGACUUCGACGGGAUCGUGACGCUGAACGAGCGCGAGCCCGGGUCGGGACCAGACAUAUUCACCGGCCAAUGCACGCUACACAGCCUCCUCCUGCACGCGCCACCAACCUCCACCUCGCCGCAAACCAUCCACCUGCCCCGCAACCGCCCGGACCUCGACUUCGCCACCGCCGUCGACCUAGCACCCACCCAGACCCUGAAUCUGCCCCCUCCAACCUCCGCCUCGUCAUCCACCAUCCUGGAACUAUUGAGGGAUGAGAGAGGCUGGGAUGGUGCUCCUUUCUUCAUCUCAAGCUGCCUGGUCGGGCACAACCGCUACGCCGAGGCCGAGGCCUAG